AUGGCUAACUUUGACAUAGCAACAGCUGUAAAAGUAAUACCAGAGUUUGAUGGUAAUUACAGAAGUUUGUCGCAAUUUCUAGGAUUGGUAGAUUUCUAUGGCAAAACUUUAGCAGAAAGUCAACAUGCAGUUCUAGUAAAUUUUAUCCUAGCAACCAAACUAACUGACAAAGUGAAGAACAGGUUAUUAACUGAAGAUAGACCCACAACACUGACAGAUUUAGCACAGACUUUACAAAAGAUUUAUAAAUCCAAUAAAAACGCCCUACAAUUGCAUCAUGAAAUAACACGAGCACAGCAAGGAAAUUUAAGUGUUAAUGCUUUCGAUAGUAAAAUAGAGAACUUAGUGGCUUCAAUGAAUGACAUACAGAUUGCAGAACAAGGUGAACAGAAUAGAGAGAUAAUAGUGAAGCUUAAUGAGCAAAUUGCUUUAGGUGCAUUUAAAAGUGGACUAAAUAAUCCUUAUAAAUCCAUAAUCCUAGCCGCCAGACCUAGUAAACUGAAUGAAGCAAUUCAACUAGCGGCAGAAGCAAGUGUGCAAAGCUCACAUGCUGCAGGUAAUAAUAACGUAAUGUUUAUGAAUAGAACAAGAGGAAGUUCCAAUCGAUAUAGGCAGUUCAGAGGUCGAAACAGUGAAAAUUAUAGUAGCACAGGUUACGGAAGGCGCCUAAGCAGCAAUAAUGCAAGGAAUAACGGCAGAAGAUACACUACCCAUGGUCAAAGCGAUCAUAACAAUAAUGGUGGAAGACAUAACUGUAGCACAAGCAGAGGUGGUUAUAGUAAUAAUGGAAACCGGCAAGGCAACUCGGGAAACGGAGUUGCCCCCGGAGCAGGAAAUCCGGGGUAUGCACAAAGAAGGUCAUAA